UACUGUUAUUCUGAGCAAUGCUCCUUAUUUACUUGGUGCCCCUUGUACAUUAGCGAGGGGGGGUGUUUUGUAGCGUGUUAGGCUAGCAGAUAGGACACAUAUUGGCUGCUGUUGUGUCUUUUCAUCAGCAGGAUCCCUGAGGUGCAGAAGAGGAGAUGUCUGUCUAUAAACCACAGGGGGAAAGGAAAUGCUCAGUUCAACUCCUGAUAUUAGAGAACUUAAGAAAUAAUGUGUCGGGCAAGUGAAGCAGAGCAGGAGAAGGCGAGAGAGCGAAUGAGACAAGGGAGUGAGAUGGAACGAGAAGGAGAAAGGAGCCAGUUGGAAGGGCUGGGUGCUGCUCAAGGUGUGUGUGGUGGCCUGCACCCUGGGCUGGGAGUCAGGAGACCUGCGUUCUGUUCCCGCCUCUACCACCAAACAAUUGUGUGACCUCAGGGCCCUGCCGUCCCACCGCAGCACAGGAUAAAAUGAACAAGAUGAAAAACUUCAAGCGGCGGUUUUCCCUCUCCGUUCCCCGGACGGAGACCAUCGAGGAGUCGCUGGCCGAGUUCACAGAGCAGUUCAACCAGCUCAACAACAGGAAGAAUGAAGACCUGGCACAAGGGCACCUGCAGAUGGGCCACCUGGGCAGGGGUUUCCGGGCAGAGCCAACCUCCAUUUCCCCCUCAGAGGUGGAAGGCCGGUCCCCGACAGCCGUGCGCUACCGAAGGAACAACCAGCGCCGCUUCUCCAUGGAGGAUGUCAGCAAGCGGCUCUCCCUGCCCGUGGACAUCCGUCUGCCCCCAGAGUUCCUGCAGAAGCUGCAGAUGGACAAUCCAGAGUUCCCCAAGACCUUCAGCAGGAUGUCUCGACGGGCUUCCCUCUCAGACAUCGGAUUUGGGAAGCUGGAAACCUAUGUUAAAUUGGAAAAACUAGGGGAGGGCACCUACGCCACUGUCUUCAAGGGGCGCAGCAAGCUAACUGGGAACCUGGUCGCUCUGAAGGAGAUCCGUCUGGAGCACGAAGAAGGGGCACCCUGCACAGCUAUCAGGGAGGUUUCCCUGCUGAAGAACCUGAAACAUGCAAAUAUUGUGACCCUCCAUGAUUUCAUCCACACUGAGCGCUCCCUCACCCUUGUCUUCGAGUACCUGGACAAUGACCUAAAGCAAUAUCUGGAUAACUGCGGGAACCUGAUGAACGUGCACAAUGUGAAGAUCUUCCUGUUCCAGCUGCUCCGCGGCCUGUCCUACUGCCACAAGAGCAAGAUCCUGCAUCGAGACCUCAAACCGCAGAACCUGCUCAUCAACGAAAGGGGGGAGCUAAAGCUGGCUGACUUUGGUCUAGCCAGAGCCAAAUCAAUCCCUACGAAAACAUAUUCCAACGAGGUGGUCACGCUGUGGUAUCGGCCCCCAGAUGUUCUGCUGGGAUCUACUGAGUACUCCACGCCCAUCGAUAUGUGGGGGGUGGGCUGCAUACACUAUGAAAUGGUCACUGGACGGCCCAUGUUCCCAGGCUCGACUGUGAAAGAAGAGCUCCAUUUAAUCUUCAGGCUUCUUGGCACCCCUACAGAAGUCUCCUGGCCCGGAAUCACAUCCAACGAGGAGUUUAAGGGUUAUCAUUUCACCCAGUACCAAGCCCAGCCCUUGAUAAAUCACGCACCCAGGCUGGACACAGAAGGGAUCGACUUGCUGACGAGCCUCCUCCUGUAUGAAGCCAAAUGCCGGAUCUCCGCCGAAGAGGCCCUGCGACACCCUUACUUCAAGGCGCUGGGGGACCGAGUCCAGCUCCUCCCUGACAAUGCCUCUAUCUUCUCUCUGAAGGAAAUACAGCUUCAAAAGGACCCUGGCUACCGAGGUUCAGCCUUUCAGCAGUCAGCCCGAGGGAAAAGCAGGAGGCAGAGUAUAUUUUAAACCUGGCUCUUGUUCCCUUUGUCACCAUGGAGAUCAAAGCACUGAGAAAGGAGAGGACUACAUGCUCCCACAGGACCCAUCCACAGAAUUACUGACUCUAACAGGAAGAUACUGGAAUGCCCCUCUACCAUGGGCUGCCCUCUGUCUGUCCCCCAGAAUCCCACUCCUGACACCAGUCAGCCCACCAGUAGUUCUUGUCAAAGGAGCUCUGCCCCCAGUUGCUCAUUUUUCAUGUGACACCACCGAGAGUAAGCUACUGCAUUCCAUACCCGGGUAAGGUACUUUAUCUAGUGACUAGCUACCCUGGGAGUAGCCCUGAGCUCAGGAGACUUGUGUGCUGGCCUCCUUAUAAUCCUGGUUGCUGCAGUACAGGGAGGUAAGCUGGAGUGCAGGCAGAGCGCAGAAUCUCAGAGGACUGGCAGACAGCUGGGUUGUGGCAUGUAGCGAUCAUAUCGCAGAAGACGUUUCUGUGAAUGCACGGCAUGCCUGUGCUUGGGCAUCCUGCUAUAUCCACCACUGAGGAAGUCUGACCUGACAAGACGUAUUGCACUGAAUGAAGGAUGUGCUAUCACAAGCAGGGGACGCCCUACGGUGAGCCCCAUCCAGGGCUUUCUGACAUCAGACAUUUAGUUGGGACUGAAACAUUUAACAAGGGAGAGCUCUCCUUCAGCCCCUCCCCCCAUGGUUAUCAACCAGGGAUCCCUCUUCCUCUCCACAUAAUUUGAGCCUCAUGCACAGUUGCUGGGAUUGCCUGAAUGGCAGCCCCAAGAGGUCCAGAGGAAAGAGGCUGUUAAGGGGAAAAUGUAGAUUAGUUGGAUUCCUCUGAUCCCUCGGUUUCCCCAACAACACCCCCCACCCCCAGUUUAUUUUCUAAGCUCUGACACCUGGCUGCUGUCUAAAGACAUCCCUAAAGCAAGAGCACAGAGUGCUGUAGCACGGCUGGUGUUCAGGAUGCAGACUCUGUCAUUAAAUCCAUGCAAAAUGUUCCCCGGGACUUCUCUCAUGCCAUGGUCGCGGCAGUUCCGAGCCCCUCUGAUUUAGCUUUUCUGAGAAACCAGUGAAGUCCCGUUUCCCACAUCAAGAUCCUGCUGUGUUUCUAAUCCGCCUUGCACGGAAAGGUGCGUUUCCACUAGGAAAAGGACCCAUUUCCCAGCGAGCGGCUCAGGAAUUGCAGCAAAUGGUCCAGCCACUUGGGCCCAUCUUUGAGCUCAUGGCAAAACAUGAAAGAGCACAAGUAGUUUCACCGAUUGGUGCGAAUGAGCUGUGCAUGCACAAAGCUGCGUCAUUCCACCUUUGUGGUGGGCGUGCAAAGGUGCUGACCAUACCUCUGCGAGGCUGUGGGAUCAUGAACCAACUCAAACAGAACACAAGCUAUUAAGCAGAAAACAGACCCACCUUUCACUAUCUGCCCGAUCCCCUAGGACUGAGCAUAUUGUGUUGGCCCCGUCUAUUACACACAUUCCGCACUCAAUGGGACACAAGUGCUUGCUUAAAUCGGAACAUGUUCUUAAGUGCUUUGUGUCUUUUCCUCCUCCUCUAUCUCCAGGCCAUGCCAAGUCCAUUCUGGUACAAUAAGGACCUGCU